GCCCUUGUGGUUACACAUCACUUGCAAUUGCAAGGUGCUUUCGGAAGCAUCAACAGGCUCAAACUCCCCAUCCAGACUUCAGAUGAUAUUGACAUCGAAAAUACUACCUACAAUGGGUGGCUUUCCGAACAUUUCAUCAGUUCGGUCAUAGCAUUUUCUGUUGAAGGUGCAUUUUUUUGUCUUUCUCCAAUGAUUUGUACUCAAUUGUUACUUUACAAAGGUGUUGUGAUUGCAGCAAGGACAAAUGCCCCUGGCAGCUGGCACAAUUCUCAUCUCACCUCUCACAUUUAUACUCAACUUCUACUCAACACACCUCCUGACUAUUACAUUGUCGCAGAUACUGUGUUCCCUCAUGGGACAACUUCUGUUGAUGGACAGCAUUUGUGCACCUCUGAAACAUGGCCAAGUUUUGCAUGGCUCAUCUGCCUGAGAUAG